ACUCUCGACUCUUCCUUUCUCUCCAAUGCACACAUUUCGUGCAAGCUCCAAAGCAGCUGACCUUACAACAAAGCUGCACACAGCACAGAGGAGAGUGGGGUGAAAGGAGAGGAGAGGUGACAGCUCUUAGUCAGUUAGCAGUGUGUGACUAACUCUCCUGGAAAAAGUCUGCAUGACAGGAGCAGUGGGAGGGACGAUAGGGACAAGACAAUAACAACAGCACGAAAAGGAAAACGCUUCCAACAACCAAGACAUUGGAGGAUCGCUGCCGACACACAAGUGAUGUGCUUCUUUGAGGGCAUCUGGCACCACGGUUCAUAGUUGACAGCGAGUGAAGGAAUUUGGUUUACAUGGACUGACCCCAGGAGCUGGAGGCAGGACUCUGUGAAAAGCUGAUCUUUGGCUAAUUUCUGAAUAUCUCAUAAAAGCUUCAGCGGUGCAGGUUUCACUUUUUUUCAGGACGACCUCCUGUGACUGCCAUGCCCCUGUUCAGCUGGAUGAAAUGGUCCAAUGAAUCGAGGGUGCAGGCUCAGGAUGAAGCGCAGGGGGUCGUACCCAGCCGCCUGUUGAUCAGGGAGCUCCUUUGGCAUGUGGAGGAGCGUGAGCAUCUGGCAAGGGCGCUGGAGCGCGAGCACAGGUUGUCCCACAGCUCCCUGGGUCUCCAUUGGUUUCAGAAAUACCCAAGGUUACGGACCCUCAUCCCCACAUCAGAGCUACACCAGCUGGAGUUCCUGUGUGCCCAGAUCCCACCCAUCCACGCAGCCACCGUGCUCUCCAGGUUUCGUGAGGUGCUUGCCACUAACAACAUUAUGCCCUGGGAGUUGGCAUGUGUCUUCAAGCAGGUUCUGAGCGACUUCUUGAGCCAGAAGGAACAUGAUGAAGAGGAGGACCUCUCAGUGAAGCCAGCACAGAACCGACCAAUGGAGGAAUGGACCAGCCGCUACAUAAUGAAGCAAGGCUUUGUCACACCCACCGUCCCCAAUUGUGGAGACCACCCAAGGGAGGAGAUCCCAACAAUCUCCGGAUAUGUGGAUAGGGCCAUGCGGCACUCCAGUUCGUUCGCAGGGUCCAACAGGGACUGGGACCUUCCAUACAUCUACCCAGUUUCUCUCAGGCCCAAAGCACCAUACAGCACUACACUGUGAGAGAUAGGAACAACCACCAAGACCCACAUCAUGGAGAAAAUAUGCAAAAACUUGAUGUUUUGUAUCAGUUGUAGAUAUAUUGUAGCUUUAUACCAAAUAGUGAAGAAAUUAUGCUGAGUGGACAAUGUGUUGCACUUUUUAAUUACAAUAACUAGUUUGACCCCAUCUCUUUUGAAUCUCAAUAGACUGACUAGUUUUGUGUAGUUUUGUAUAUAGAUUGUUUUGUCAUCUCGUAACUUAUUAAAUCAACCUGUGACUAUCCCAUUUUUGACAGAAGGCCAUAUCCUCAGUAUUAUUUUAUGCAAAAUCCAAAGUUUUAGGUAACUGAUAUUCCUUGCAGUCUACAGAAGCCAGGAUAAAGCACCUGAAACCCAUUUUAAUGUGUUCAUUUAAAAAACAUCACUGAAUUAGUUUAGGCUAUAUUGAAAGUUUUAAAAUGUGGGCUGUAUUAAAAGAAUAACGCUUAAAAAGUGACAUUAAAGAAUCGCUUGUUAACUUUGGAAAAGCCUUUUAUAUAUACUGUCUGUAUGGAAUCCCAACAAAACGCUGAGUUAAUUCAUAAACUAUACCAUUUAGGGUUUGCUUACCGUCAGGCCUGUGACCGUCUCCCCCCAGUUCAGACUGAUGCCACUUGCUAAUUAACGUUACUAAAUGUUAGCUAAAGCUCUGCACCCACAAGAUCCGAAACAUUUGUAUUUUCAAAAAGUUUAUCCAAGCAAGGUUUUGGAUACGAUAAACCAAACGACUCAUUAAGUCUGAGAUAUGUUUUUGUGACUUGCUAAAGCGUUAUUGAAAUAAGACACGUGGCAUCCAGCGCUAUGCUAACUAGCAUGAUGUUAGCCCAAUCUAAGCUAAUAUUAACUGCCCGUUUUUCUCACCUGGUCUCUUUCGACGAUGCCUCAUCCAACUUUCUUUCAACCACUUCCUCCGUGAGAUUAAUGUUAGCAAACGUCACCCCCGAGGUGAACCAAUCCGAAAUUUGUUCUGCGGUGAACACUUUCUUCAUUUUGAAGGUGUGUAGUUAUAGCAUUUUUCAAUUGAUUCUCUCUAACUUGACCAGUUACCCGCCAGAUUAGGGCGAGUGAGGAAAAUGAGGAACACCUUCCACCAGAGCGGUGUCUGCCUUCCACACAGCGUCAUCUGGCGGUUGGACUGCGAAUUGAAAAUGAUUACUGCAUUUCAACAGCAUGUUUAUUCUACUGCCAUUUGCAUCAAAGUACAGUACUUCAGCAAAUUGACUUUACCAUCACUGCUAGGGUGGACACAUUUUGCUGUUUGCAUGUAAAUUGUCUGCCUUCAGUUAAUUUAUAAAAAGUGUUGGAGCUUGACCAACAUGCAUUUCUAACAGCAUAACAUCUACUUAAUAAAAUGAAUAUGAAG